AGAGGGAAGAGUAGCAGUUGAAAUGCCAUUCAGAGGAGCUCUGCCGGAACAAAGGCCUGAGAAACUGAGAUCUGGGAAAACUGCAAAGUCGUCCAAAAAUGCCGGAGCACAAAAAGCUGUGCAAGACGAGGCCGGAGCAAACGGUCGAGUCGGAGCCCGGCCACGCAGGAGUCUCACAGGCUGGUUUCAGUCUUUAGAUUUUCAUCCAAAGAUGUGCUCUGCGACUAGAUGAGCUCUUAGCUAUCUGAUUGGCAGAUACGUUUCUGCUUGUGUUUUUCUGGCCAGCAGGAGGAGGUGUGUUUUUGUUUUUUGGGGGCUUUUUUUUGUGUUUGUUUGGAUGCAUUUAGCCGGCGUGUGCAUUAUCGGAUUAGUCAGAGGCCGUCUAUUCCUGUUGGGAAAGAGGCGUGUAUACUUUUUUGACUCCUGGGGAAGGAGAGUUUGCAACCUUUUCUCGAUCGUUAUUGGAUUUUGUACUAAAAUAGCACCGAGGAGGCGGAGACUCGGGAGAGCCAGCAGAGAGGGAGGCUCCGAAAACCUACACGAACUGUGCGGGCGGAGUCGGCUCCGAGGAGCGCGGGGGAAGGAAGGAGCGCGGCGCCCCAGCGACCCUCUGCGCAUGACCGCCUCUGGUUGCCUAGGCAGCGGGACGGAGUCGCCCGGAAGAGCUUCCCUUAAGGAACUGCCGGCGCCUAAAUCUCAUCCCCGAGGGGCUCGGGACUGACCGGUUCCUGAGGCAGUCUUGACCACGGCAAAGCAGAUGAGGCGCAGAGCCUGAUGCAAUGUGAUGGCCAUCCGCCUAGAAGCCGAAGGAUUCAGAUGAACAGGGGGAAUUGGCCCCAGCGGACACCGGGACUAUGGCAGACUUUUCUGAGACCUUGGAGUCCUUGACUGAUGAGGUAAAGAGUUCCGGUUCAUUCAGUUCCUCUGGAGGACUGCAGCCCUGGUCUUACGCCUCUGGGAGCAAGUCUGAGAGUGGAUCGCUGCCUUCACGCUCCGAAUAUGGAGACAACCAAUCUGAGCUUUCGGACUUCAAAGCUAAUGUAAAGAAAUUGAGCAGAAAAUGGAUCCGUAACCUCAAGGGCAAGGAAACGAACUCUGAACAGUACCGACCAGACACUAAACGUCAAACAGACAUCACUCAGGUAUCCCUUGAAGAAUUGAAUGCCCUGCAGUCUUUUUGCACCAUUAAGGUAAACCUGAUCCAUCACAGAGCGAACUCUAAAGGGAAAAAGAGCAGCAGACACAAAAAGCUGCAGCUUGGACCCGAGGCCGAGGCUCCAGAGGUAGAUGCCUUAAAGUGUACUGUCCCUGACGAGCUUUUGAAUAGAAUCUAUUUUAAAAACAUGAGGACAACAUCCAAACAGGUGGGAACAGCUAAGCAACACAUUUCUUCUCGGUGUCCCGACUGUAUCAGAAAAAGGGCAGAACUGGCCCAAGCUGCCUUCCUGAGACAGAAGAAGACUUUGCUGGAGUCACUUCUACUCCAAGAGAAAAUAGAUGAACAUCUUCAUAUGAAAGACUUCCCUACCCUCAUCAGAGAAGCACACCAGAGCCUUCCCAGGCUUUCAGAUGACCCCAGAAGAAUCUGGGAAAGGCUGAAUGAGAAACGUAAAAUUGGAUACUCUGGUUUUUUGAAAGUGGAAGAAAAGGGAAAAGCAGAAUGGAGAAACCUCACCAGCUUCCUGACAACCUUGGCCCGAAAGUGACAAACAUCACGUUUGCUCAUAAUCUAAGAUCAAAGACCAUGACAUGAGCUUCAUAUUGAAUAGAAAUAAGAAUCUAAUCACAAAAUGACAUUCUCAUUUACUAAAAGCAAGCUUCGGGACUUUUCUCAAAUUCAACCAAGAAUUGGUAUUCAAGUUUGAAAUAAGUUACAAGAUGCUCAGUCUGAUCGCCUCUUGCAGAAAAGAAUACUUGGCCACUUAAUCUGUGAUGCUUUUUCUUUUGUUGUGGAGAAUAUGGGAUUAUCUGAUUGUGACUGUUGUCUAUUGUUCUCAAAUGAGGUCCAUCAAGCUCUGUGAAGAUCAUUUCCAGGAAUGUGAAUCAUGUUGGGACGGGGAAAUCUGUAUAGCUAAGGAAGAUCCUGUUCUAAGCUUGUUGUCUGCUAAUUAUUCUGUCUUGUUUUCUGUGUCUAAGGAAAAGCCUGCCCAUUGAGUGCCUGAAAAUGAGUGUGAUUGGAUGUCUUAAGGUGAGAGUAAUAGGUAACACCUUGUACAUCGGAUUUCAGCGUUAAAGAAGGUAACAAAAGGAAUCAGAAAACAUUUCUCUUUGAAGCGGUUACCUUAUUUCCCGACACAAAAGUUAGCUGCUGUCUGUGCCAGCCGUUCCUCACGUGACCAAGUGAGCCUUGGAAACGUGGGAGUCCUGGAGAGAGAAGAGGCCUGCCCUAGGCAGAGUCCUGGAGGCUCUGUGGGCAACACCAGCACCCCUAAUGAUACUGUAUUGACAGAGAUUGAUUGAUCACUUUCUUGGUGUCCUGAAAUUUCCAAGGCAUUGUGGAAUAAACACACUAAGUAAGACCCGGUCUCCCACAGAGAUGUGGUACCCAGUUCUGGCUGGUCCUAGGCUGGAAGAAAAAUUGAUCUCCUCAUUAGCAAUUAGAGAUGCUGCCAUCCUAAUUUGUCUGAAGUAAUGAGCAUCACAUAAUUUAAUUCAAUUUCUGCCACAAUCUGCUCUGUGCUCUGAGCUGUGUUCCUCACAAUGGAGGUGAACCAAGCAUGAUCUCUGCCUUGCUAUUUACAGUCUAGUGUACACACAAGACAAACAGACAAAAAAAGAAAAAAAAAAGAUAAAAAGGGGCUUAAAGAGGAAAAGAGCAAAGUGAAGUAAAACACACACACACACAAAUAAACAAAACCCCGAAGGAAGGCCAUUGUCCUUGCUGUGACUGAAGAGAAACCUGGAACAAGAUAAGGCUGGAGAAAUAAACAUGGGUCAGAUCACGCAGGCUUAGCGCCCUAAUGCCAAAACAUACAGGCAUUGUGUAUCAGCCAAACAAAAUGAACAUUUGCACACCUGCUGUGUGACAAUUUCAUUAAAGACUCACAACAACUAUUUUCAAAUGCUCAGUUGUAUAGAUGAGAAGUAGGAUUUAACAGGAUUAAAUCCUACUUAAGAGGAUUAAAUGCUCAAAUUCACCAGAAAAUGUGUGGCAAAGCAUGGUGAAGAAUCCAGUCCUAUGUGCAUCUCUUUAGGUGACUUUAACAUGAAAUAGUGAAAUAUUUACUUGCCAAACAUUUUACACACACAUCCACCAAAUAAAUAUAUUCAAGAAUCAAAGCAAUUGAAAUACGUCCACGGGCUGUGGAUAACAGGUUCACACGUGAGCAGCGGAGUGUGUAAUCAGUGUUUAGGGCUGAGUCUCACACCAAGUGAGAGUCUGUCUAGUGCUAUAUGCAUCUCCUUUCCUCAUUCCUCAGUCCUUCCGUAUUUCUCGCCUCCUACAUCUUCACUGCCUUUUCCCUGUACCCGCUUCUAAUUCGCCUUUAUCCGUCCUUCUUUCUUUUCCUUCUUGUUCUCUCAACUGGGUGAACAUAUUGUUGGUACUCGCUGCUUCCAAAUGCACUAUUUCAUCUUUAAAAUAUUAUAACCUAUCGUUCUCAUGCACAAAGAAGUUAGUCAAACCAACAACAAAAACAAGAAUAGAUCCAGCAAAUGAAUGGGUGGAUUGGGACUAGCUCAGUGUUUCGGGGUCAAAAGACCAGCUUUGAAACCAGAGUCUAGACUGAACUUUUGCAGAACACGAGAAGCUCAGCUUUCCUACCUGUAUGAUGAAGAAACAUUUUGACCUUUUAAACUCACAGGGUCAUUGUAAGGACCAGUUUGGAUAUUGGAAAUGGAAGUGACAUGUCACUAAUGACAAGCCUGUAAAAAAUACUAUUACUUUCACUGCAGGUGAUGAGACACUUCAUCUGACCCAUUU